AUGGCUUCACAUUCACUUCACUCGAUUCUCUGUUCUCUAAUCUCUACUAGCCUUAUAGUACUCAUCCUGUCUCUCAUUCCUUCCUCUUUGAGCUCCCUUGUAGACCAUUACAUAGUUUUCAUGGACCCAACCGCCAUGCCAAAAGCCUACUCUGCUUCACACCACUGGCACUCAGCCACUCUUUCCGCUCUUUCCCAAACUACCUCGGCCAACAAUAAUUUAGCUUCCUCCAACCUCAUCUACAGCUACUCCCACGUCAUCGAUAGGUUCAGCGCGACUCUGACUCCAACAGAGCUCGACGCUCUGCAGAAUUCCCCUGGCUACAUUUACUCAAUAAAGGAUCUGCCCGUGAAGCACGACACCACUCACUCGACCCAAUUCUUGGGCCUGACGGCUUCCUCCGGAGCCUGGGAGGCGUCCAAUUACGGCGAAGGGAUGAUCAUUGGGCUCGUCGACUCGGGGCUCUGGCCCGAAAGCCAGAGCUACUACGACCACGGCAUGGGUCCAGUGCCGGCAAAAUGGAGAGGUGAAUGCGAGAAGGGAACUCAAUUCAACGCCUCGCUGUGCAACAACAAGCUGAUUGGAGCUCGUGCUUUCCCCCGGGGACUGAUCGCGAGAAACAUCACUGUGGAGAUGAAUUCUACCCGCGACACGGAGGGCCACGGGACCCACACUUCCAGCACGGCGGCGGGGAACUUUUUCGACGACGCCUCGUUUUUCGGAUACGCUCCAGGGACGGUCAAGGGAGUGGCGCCGAAGGCGCACGUGGCGAUGUACAAGGCUCUGUUCGAUGAGGGCGCUUUUACCUCGGAUAUCAUUGCGGCAAUUGAUCGAGCACUUGGCGACGGGGUCGACGUCCUGUCCAUGUCGCUUGGAUUGGACGGCGUCGCUCUGUACGAGGAUCCAAUAGCGCUGGCCACGUUUGCUGCCGUUGAGAAGAACGUCUUCGUCGCUACUUCCGCGGGGAACGAAGGUCCGUUCCUCGGCUCGCUCCACAACGGGAUUCCGUGGGUGUUGACCGUCGCGGCGGGGGCGAUGGACCGUCAAUUCGGCGCCGAGGUGAAACUCGGCGGAAGCGGAAUGUCGGUUUUCGGUUCGUCUCUUUACCCGGGGAGCUACUCUCCAGCCGAAGCUCCGAUCGUGUUCAUGGGCGACUGCCUGAACGCGACCCAAUUCGGCAAAUUCGCCGCGGGCAAAAUCGUGGUCUGUCAAGAAAGGAACGACACCCUGAGGGACCAAAUGGCCAACGUCCAGAAUUCCACCGCGAUUGGCGGCGUUUUCAUAACCAACACCACUUCGUCACCGGACAUCGAAUUCUACAUCCAGAGUUCGUUCCCGGCAAUGUUCAUGACAUUGAAGGACGGCGAGACGGUGAAGAAGUACAUCAAGAGCAGCAACACCGAACCAAAAGCGAGCUUGCAAUUUAGAGUCACGAAUCUCAACACGAGCCCGGCACCAACGGUGACGAGUUACAGCUCGAGGGGCCCAUCGCCGAGUUGCCCAUUCGUUUUGAAGCCCGACAUAAUGGGCCCGGGCUCGUUGAUCCUAGCGGCGUGGCCUUCCAACGUCGAGGCCGCGGAGGUGAACUCGAAGCCCGUGUACUCGAACUUCAAUUUGCUGUCCGGUACGUCCAUGUCCUGCCCGCAUUUGGCCGGAGUCGGGGCGUUGAUAAAAAAAGCUCACCCUGAUUGGAGCCCCGCCGCCAUCCGAUCGGCAAUGAUGACGACGGCCGAUUCUCUCGAUCUCUCCGGCCAGCCAAUCAAGGAUUCCGGUUACGGUAACCGCCCGGCCACGGGUCUGGCCAUCGGGGCGGGUCAGGUCAACCCGAACAAAGCAAUGGACCCGGGCCUGGUAUACGACGCGACCACAGUCGAUUACGUGAACCUGCUGUGCGCGAUGAACUUCACCGCCAAGCAGAUCCAGGUCAUCACGCGAUCUUCCACCAACAACUGCUCCAGCCCGUCUCUGGACCUCAACUAUCCAUCGUUCAUCGCGCUUUUCAGCGCGAACAGUUCUUCUUCUUCUUCUCAUGCCAAUCAGGUUCUGGAGUUCAGCAGGACGGUGACGAAUGUUGGUGAGGAUGUGUCGAUUUAUACAUCCACGAUCACGCCCCUGGAAGGGUUGGUGGUCAGCGUGGUGCCGGAGAAGUUAGAGUUCAAGAGCAAAGGAGAGAAGCUCGGCUUCAAGCUCGUAAUUGAGAGUGAUAAUACAGGAAAGAGCAGACAGUUUCUAGCUUCCGGUUAUCUCCGGUGGAAAGAAGAUGGAGGCGGCAGUCAUGUUGUGCAGAGUCCCAUUGUGGCUACGAACAUUGCCUUCGAUUCCCUCUCAUCAUCUUCUAGGAAUUAA